AUGAUUCGACACAAUCGAAUAUCUAAAGCGAAUCCGGAUAUCUAUGGGAUGCAGGCAGGGCGCACCAACUCGCCAAUCUACGGCAUUGCCACUGACUCCUGGGACUGGUAUUUUCUCCGUCUAGACCCUAAUGGUGUUGUGUCGGCACAUGUCGUGCUCUGGCACAACGACUCAAUCGAAGUCAUCUCCUUAAUACACAAGAUCAUAGACCAGGCCACAUGCCUGACGCCAGUGUCCAGCCAGGCUUUGCCAACAGUCGAGGAAUCUAGCAGUCUACACUGGUUGCCCGAAAUAUACCACCGGUAA